AUCCGCGCCCGUGUACCCUCUUGAAUGCUUCAUCGAACCGUGUAGUCACCCUCUCCAGCACCCGCGCGACGAUGCGCAACCCAAUCGCCUGCGUGUCGUGCCGUACGGCCAAGCAAAAAUGCCUCCACAACGACGCGCCGCCGUGCGAUCGCUGCAGACAGACGGGGCGGGCAAACGACUGCCAGUUCCCCCAGCCAGGCACGAGCUUCAUCCACCGCAAGCCGAAGCGCCCGCGCGUGUCCGAAGAGACGGCCAGCCCACAGGCGCAGGCACCGGCUCCGGCGCAGUCGCAGGCGCUGUACCGCCAGCGCGAUGACGUCCACUUGCCGAGCGGCACUGCUGGCCCUGCCGCCGCGCUCGUCUCGCCAAACGCGGCAUCGUCGCAGCUCGAGGGGCUGGACGCCUUUGAGCUGCUGACGGACGAGGUCAAGAACAGUUAUUUGCGGUGCUCGUACAAGUGGUCCUUCCACCACACCCCCACGCUGCUGCUGCGGAUUCGUGACCGCACCCUGGAGAUAUGGAUGGCCUGGGCGAUUCUGGCGCUGGCCAUCAGGUUCGUCAAAGACCCGCCCGCGCCCUUUGCGACGCAGACUGAGGCCAGCAAUGCCUACGCCGCCCAUGCCCGCCAGAUGCUGCAGGCCGACCUCGAGACGCCGACCAUCAGCCGCGUGCAGGCCCUCCUGAUGCUGACAGGCCACGACUGGGGCGCGGGCAACGGUCGCCGCGCCUGGAUCUUCCUGGGCAUCGCCAUCCGCCUGGUCGAGGUCCUGGACCUGACCCAGGAACUCAAGGUCCCGCGUAACCGCAUGCCCACGCGCGAGGAGUUCAUCGAGGCCGAGGUGCGCAGGCGGACCGCCUGGACCUGCUUCCUGAUGGACUCGCUGCUGAGCGGGGGCAAGGGUCGGAAGCGGUCGUUGACGGCUGCCGAUAUGGCCAUCCAGCUGCCGUGCGAGCGUGAAGGCUUCGUCUUCGGCGAGCCCAUCUGCACCGAACAGCUCGACAGCACCGUGCGCAUGCCGCCUGUGGCUCUGCCUGUGAGCGAGAUUGGCAUCAUCGGAUACAGCAUGCGCGCGGCGAACAUCUGGGGCAAGGUCGCGCGCUGGGCCUGCUCUGAAGACCUCAAGAACGAGCUACCGUGGGCGCCCUCGUCGCAGUUCCAGCAGCUCAUCUACGAGCUCGAGCGGUGGAAGAACUCGCUGCCCCCGCGCCUGCAGUAUGACCUCUUCUCCCUGCACAGCCACAACGCCGUCGACCAGGGCCAGGCCUACUGCUACAUGCACAGCAUCCAUUUCAUGAGCUACAUGUUCCUGCACCGCGCCUACCUGCCCGUCCUGGGCCCCCAACAAAACGGCGUAAACUCGGAGGAAACACCAAACUCGUACAGCGAGCAUAGCGAGAUGUGGAAGACGUGGCAGAGGACGUCGCGCAAGGAGCUGUUCAAGGAGUCGACCAUGGUGCUCGAGAUGCUCGAGGAGAUGCGCACCUUUGGCGUUUUCUUCCUGCGCGGCCUCGUGCCCUGGAUCGGCUUCACCAUCUACACAGCCGUGGGGGUGAUGCUGUACUCGUUCAACUACCCCAGCCGCGACGACGACCCACGUAUUUGCGAAAAGUCCCGCGAGCGCGUCAUCCGCGGGUGUACUUUUCUCAAGGAGAUGAAGACGCAGUGGCCCAUGGCAGAGACAUGGUUCGAAACCAUCAAGCGCAUGCAAGCCUACUACCGCUCAGUCCUGGGCCAAGACGCCCCAGCCUCCCACGAGGAACGCCAAGCCCUCCGCCGCGCAAUGGUAGACUACGGCGCCCUCCAACCCUCCCCAGUGCAGAAACACGCCGACGCGACCAAAACCCAAGAACGCAUCGUCGUCGCCUCAAGCCACUCGCCCGCCUCGCAGUACCGCGAUCAAAAACCCACCAUAUAUGCAACGCAAUCCUUGAUUAGCCCCUCCACGGCUGCCCAAACGCCGAACUUGUAUACAUCGCAGUCUAAUCUCUCCUGGGGUACGCCGCAUGCGGUGCCGCCGUUGGAGGCGGAUGAGAACUUUGAUUUGGGGGGUUUUGAUUUGAGUAGUGCGGAUAUGGAGGAGAUUAUUAUGGGGGCUACGCAGGAUUUUUGGGCGAGCUUUCCCGGUGAGGUGGGGGUUGGGUAUCAGUGA